AAACUUGGCGGAUUUCCUCGAUCUUCAAUAACCGGAAAUAUGGCGCCAACAAUCUCCCCCUUUGGCAUAGAUUGGUCAGAAUCCAUAUUUAACAAGAACUCCCCCUGCAUAUGAGAUUUUCUCUCUUUGCAGGAAUGAUUAACUCCCCCUGCAUCACAUACUGUUAGUACAACAGAAGUUGCAACACAUAGAUGUUGUAACAGAGAAAUUUCCUGCAGCACAAAGUUAUCCAAAACAAGCCCAAGGCACAAAAUAAAGAUAACCAAGGUGAUAUCCAAAAGGCAGGAAAGUAAUCAUAACUAUAACAGUCCUAAAUAAGACAUAAAUUUGAGCAGUUUAAAAAGGACAACAAAAAGGUUUUUCAAAGAAACUUCCCUUAAUAAUCAUAGUCGGAGAGCUGAUCAUUAUCAUGAGAACUGUUGGACGCUUUGCCUUGCGGUUGUGGACUGCUGCUUCAUCAUUGAAGUUUUUGCUGGGGCAUGCGGAGUUGCAUCUGGAGUUGUUGCUACUCCCCCUUUCUGACCAGACUGUGCCAAAGUCUUAAGAAGCUGGUCCUGAAUAGACGAAAAUUCCUGAGCAAGCUGAGCCUGGAUAGACUCCUAAAAACGAGUGAGCUCAUCUUUGGUGACCACGUCAACUGGCGGCGGAAUAGAAGCAGAGACAAUGGGAGCCUUCUUCGCACGAGGGACUGUCUGAACAACAGAAGGAUCGACAGGAGGCAGAUCAGCAAAAUGUUCAGAGAGGACCUUACCGUGGAUAGUAAUUGGACGGCCAGGUGGGUCCAACAGGGUGGCAUCACGAGUAGGCAGGCCUUGUUUGAUCAGAAGCUGAUAGAUCAGAGAAGGAAAUGGCAAAUGCUCACGCUCAGUGCGGGAAUUGGCUAACGCACCAAUCUGAUUGAAAAUCAGUUCACCAAUGUUGAUCUUGAGGUC